AUGGCAGCAAUUAGCACUCGAGCAAAAUCACCAGUUAGAUCAGAAGCCAUUUUAAAGGCUCUACAACGCGGUCCUGUAUACUGCACUGGGGUACUUUUAGGUAAUUGGGUCGAAGAUAGAAUAGAGUGUCCUAAAAAAGGCACUUUAUAUUUUCCACCUAAGGAGAUAAAGUAUGAUGAACUAAAGCCAGAAUCCCGACAACCGGAUUUUCGGCAGAACAAAUUAAGCAGUUUACAGGGUAAUGUUCAUGCAAUUAUUCGGCAUGACAGUCACGACUCCUGCGGAAACUACGCCACUACAACGGACCUCGUGUACAAUCACCUGCCAAAGCCGCUCUGUGGCCCACAGCAACGAUACUAUAAGCGCAGUGCGCAUCAAUUCUACCCGCAACCGGAUUUAUUUAAAUGCUUUGGAAACGCCACUGAAUGGGGUUUGAGGAAGUAUUUGCAACACGAAUGGAAAUGUACAGAUGUCUCUGAUUAUGCCUCUACAUUGUAUGAAGAUACUUAUAUACCGCCGAAACCACAUCAGUAUCUGCAACGAUGUGAAAGGAAAGCGAGAAACUCGUAA